CGUAGUUUUACAGAUGGCGUUGGAGGAGAUACGGAUGCUCUAGUUUCUUUCGGUUCGUCCUUGCGUCAGAUAUCACAAACAACGAAAUUGUUGCUUAGUCACGGUUGGAAUAGGAUAUACGACACCGCAGAUCGACAUUAGUUUCGCAUUCCUUUAUAUUUGGAAAGGAUUGAUAUCUUUGUUUUGUGUGCUGUUGUGUGUGCUCCAUCAUGGCUGUGGUCAUCCGAUUACAGGGACUCAGAAUCACGGCUGGUUCUGAGGACAUUCGCAAUUUCUUCACUGGGCUCAGAAUCCCUGAUGGUGGGGUUCAUAUAAUUGGUGGGGAGCUUGAGGAAGCUUUUAUAAUAUUUGCAUCUGAUGAAGAUGCGAGACGAGCGAUGGCGCGCUCAGGGGGCUGCAUUAAGGGCUCUCCUGUCAACUUGCUCCUGAGUAGCAAGUCAGAAAUGCAGAGUGUUCUCGAGGAAAGCACUAGAAGGUCUGAGUUAAAAGGCAGGGGAAUGUACAAGGAGGGUGCCAAAAGACCUUCUGCGGAACGAGGUCCUCUGCCAUUCAAUAAAGACCCAAGAGUAGAUGUACGAAGGCCGGAUCAUCAAGACACAAGGAACAGGCCCUCUCCAUCUUCAUUCAGUGAGAUACGACACCAGAGAGAAGCAGAAGUGCUAGAGAGAGCGGAUCUUUACUUAAAAUUGACAGGGAUGCCAUUCUCUGCAACAAAGGAUGACGUCCAUACAUUUUUCAGUGGGAUAAAGAUUGAAGAUGUUCUGUUUUUGAGAAACCCCCGAGGAACGUUCAAUGGACAAAGUAUUGUGCGCUUGGCUUCCAAAGAGGAUGUAAUCGAAGGUCUGAAAAGGGAUCGACUAUACAUGGGGGCACGGUAUAUACAACUAUCAAGAUGCUCCGAGGAGCAGUGGCUGGCAGCAGGAGGUGUCCCCAGACAGGAUAUUCGGGAAACACCGUCCUUAGAGCGAACGAGAUCUCGAUCUCCCAUUUCCUUCAGGUCUAGAUCACGCUCACCCCCUCACGAAGAAUACUGUGUCAUGUUUGAGAACUUGCCUCAUGUGGUUGAAAAGAGGGAUUUGAGGAUGUUUCUUCAUCCGGUUACUUUGAAGGAUGACCAGAUUAUUAUCUUUGCCCAAAAAAAGGAUGAUAAGACCAAAUCGGCUGUUGUGGUGUUUAGAAAUCUCACAGACUAUUGUGCUGGCUUGGCUCAUAAUAAGGAAUUGUUGCUGCAUAAGGUAGUGUACGUGUCACCCAUCUCCAAGGAGAAAAUGGUCACCUUGUUGGAAUCGUCCAUUGACGAGAGAGAUGAGGUGAAAGGGUCGAGACGAUCAGCUGAAGUGCCCCAGCCUCAACGAAACACUCCUGACUCUCAGUUGAGGUGUGUCUACGUACGCAAUCUCCCGUUUGAUGUUCGCAAGGUGGAGAUCAUGGACUUUUUUCAUGGAUUUCCACUUUCAGAGGAUAGGGUUGUCUUAUUGCAUGACGAAAGAGGAGCUGGGCUCGGUGAGGCGUUGGUGAUCUUCCAGUCUGAGAAGGAAGCCAUGACGGCACAGUCCCUAAACGGACAGAGGUUUCUUGGAUCCGAGGUCAUGCUUAAGUGCAUAACGAUGGCCCAGAUGCAGAAUUUUGGUGUGAAUGAGCAGUUGACGGUUAGCUCACAAGAAAGGAACGAAAUUUUGAAUGAUGGUCCUCGUUUUUCGAACACCCAGAUGCCUCGAGAUGAUUGUGAGAUGCAGCCUAAUUUGCGCCAGGAUUAUGGAGGUCAUGAUCGCUUUGAGCCUAAUUUUGGCCGGAAUAAUGCAUUUGGGCCCGGGCUGGAUGGUAAUGGAAGUCAACCUUACGGAUCACCUGACCAACAACUUGAUGGUCCGACUGGUCUUAAAUUGCUCAAUCUACCAUCUCAGAUAAGGAUUGAUGAGAUUUAUGAUUUCUUCUAUGGAUACAGAUUGAUUCCAGGAUCUGCUUCAUUGCAGUAUGACAGAAAUGGAGCUCCCAGGCGUGCUGCAACCGUAGUGUUCGAAUCCUACAGGGAGGCGCUCACUGCUCUUCAAGAAUUAAAUGGAAGACCAAUUGGCACCAGGAAGAUUCAGAUUGUGUUUGAUUAGAUAUGCUUUUGGGCUACAAUAUUGAUUAAACUUGUGCGUUUUCUUUCUCUUUUAAGUUGUAUGUGCAUUUUCAGUGAUUUGACAAGUGCCGACAUGUUUUCUUUUACUUUUUUUGAAAUACUGCUUUAAUUUAGAUUCAUACCUUAUCUUGACUAUUCGGAAAUUAUGCAUUUGUAUGCAUGCCAGUAACAGUAUCUAGACUCAGUAUUAUUUG